AGUUCCUUUUCUUCCCCAAAGCAGGAGGUUUCACUUAAAAUAAAGCUGUUUAUUUGCUUCUGGAAGCCCCUUUUCUGAGAACCGUAGCAAUGAAUACCUUCGGAGCCCUGCUUCGAAGAAACCAAUUUAUCCUCCUGGUACUCUUUCUUUUGCAAAUUCAGAGUCUAGGUUUGGACAUCGAUAGUCGUCCUACCACUGAAGUCUGUGCCACACACACAAUUUCACCAGGACCAAAAGGAGAUGAUGGUGAAAAAGGAGACCCAGGAGAGGAAGGAAAGCAUGGCAAAGUGGGGCGCAUGGGGCCAAAAGGAAUUAAAGGAAAACUGGGUGAUAUAGGAGAGCAGGGCAAUAUUGGCAAGACGGGGCCCAUUGGCAAGAAGGGUGACAAAGGGGAAAAGGGUUUGCUUGGAAUACCAGGAGGAAAAGGCAAAGCAGGUACUGUCUGUGAUUGUGGACGAUACCGGAAAGUUGUGGGACAACUGGAUAUUAGUGUUGCUCGUCUCAAGACAUCUAUGAAAUUCGUCAAGAAUGUCAUAGCAGGGAUUAGGGAAACUGAAGAGAAGUUCUACUACAUCGUGCAGGAGGAGAAGAACUACCGGGAAUCCCUGACUCACUGCAGGGUUCGGGGUGGAAUGCUGGCCAUGCCCAAGGACGAAGCUGCCAACACACUCAUCGCUGACUACGUGGCCAAGAGUGGCUUCUUCCGGGUGUUCAUCGGGGUGAACGACCUUGAGAGGGAGGGACAGUAUGUGUUCACAGACAACACUCCACUGCAGAAUUAUAGCAACUGGAGUGAGGGGGAGCCCAGCGACCCUUACGGUCACGAGGACUGUGUAGAAAUGCUGAGCUCCGGCAGAUGGAAUGAUACGGAGUGCCAUCUUACCAUGUACUUUGUCUGUGAGUUUGUUAAAAAGAAAAAGUAACUUCCCUCAUGCUAUGCAUUUGUUAUUUCCCCUGUUACUAUUAUUACAGUGAUUCUUAUUCAUCCCAAUGACAUUAAAUUUAUUCUGAAUCAAUACACUAAAUUUGUUCUGACUCAAGACAAGUAGGAAAU